CACAGGAAUCCCCAUGCACUUCUGGGGAGUGUUUGAUGGUCACGCCGGCUCUGGUGCUGCUCUCAUGGCCUCCAAACUCCUCCAAAGGAUCAUCCGCGACCGGCUCUGUGACGUCGCUCAUCUCCUAGAAAACCACAACAGUCCUCCGCCGAUCUGCCUGGCCAAAAAUGGAAGCCCGUUUCAGGCUGAGGGCAAGAAAGGAGCCUGUCUGGACGGAGAGGAGCAGGACGCGGGGCUGCCGGACGAGCCACGCUUCCACAUGGAGAAGGACAUCAGUGUGGAGAGUCUGGUCAUGGGCAUCAUAGAGACCGCGUUUCAGACAGAGGACGACCUGAUCGAGAAGGAGAAAGAGUCUUACAGCAUCGGUGGUUGUUGUGCCUUGGUUGCAAUUCACUUGAUGGGGAAACUCUACGGCAACGCUGGAGAUAGCAGAGCCAUAAUUGUCCGCAACAGUGAGGUGAUCCCCAUGUCCACUGAAUUCACUCCAGAAAGCGAAAGACAGCGACUGCAGUACCUGGGCUUCCUCAAACCAGAGCUGCUCGGGAAUGAGUUUACACAUAUUGAAUUCCCCAGACGAAUCCAACACAAGGAACUCGGCAAGAAGAUGCUCUUCAGAGACCACACCAUGACUGGCUGGGCAUAUAAGACAAUUAUAGAAGACGACCUCAAGUUCCCGUUGAUUUAUGGGGAAGGGAAAAAGGCUCGUGUCAUGGCUACUAUUGGAGUGACGCGUGGUUUAGGAGAUCACGACCUGAAAGUGUACAACUCCAACAUUUAUAUCAAACCCUUCCUGUCCUGCUGUCCAGAAGUUAAGGUGUACAACAUCUCUGAGCACAAACACGGGUCUGAUGACGUCCUGGUCAUGGGCAGUGAUGGACUGUGGGACGUUACAGCCGAUAGAGAUGUCGCUGAUGCAGUAUCAACUUUCCUGUCCAGCCGUGAGCCCAAUGAUCCUUUAAGGUACACUCUAGCAGCACAAGACCUGCUGAUGCGCUCGCGGGGCGUCCUGAAGGAGCGAGGCUGGCGGCUGCCCAAUGAGAGACUCGGCUCAGGCGAUGACAUCACGGUGUUUGUCAUCCCAUUGGCCGGCCCAGAGUUAGAAACAUGACCAGGUCGGUCCGCCUUUACUGGACAAGCACACCAGGACACGUCCCUGGCUCCAUCCCAGAGAAAGGGCUAGGAAAAAUCAAGAAAAAUACAUCUUCAAUCCGUCAGAAAACUCGGGACAUGAGAGAGACUUUCAACACAAACUUCCCCUCGUCCUCCUUACUUCUCCUCCGAGUCAAUAUCAUCAAGAUGUGAGGUGACAUUAUCAAAGUGCCAUUCCUCUCGCUCUCCAUCUCCUUUCUGAUUUGUCGAACGCAGCCUCUGCAAGUCAGUACGGGACGGGAGGGAAACGUUUGAGUAUUCUUUAACAUCCGUGGGCCGUUUGAAUCAGAAUCUCAGUGUGGCACAGGAAUAAGCCAAUACUGCUUAAUAAAAAAUAUAAUCAUAGCCCUGACGGCAAGGGAAAUAAAAACCGAAGCACUUUAUAUGUAGCAGAAUUCAUCGGAGCUGUAAUUUAAACCGCUGAUUAUAUUUCUGAACUGUUUUGUGAGUGACUGUCCAAAGAAAGUUUAAGGUUUUCUAUAGCAAAAUGCAAUCAGAAACAAUGAUGGGCAUUUGCUAUGAACGCUGAGGGGUUUUAUGUGUUCAUUUCAGCUGUUUUGGUUCCAUGGAAGCAAUGUAAAUGUUGAUAUUCUUGAACUAUACAAUAUAAAACUACUCAUUUUUCUCUACA